ACAGCCAAACGCUUUCCAGCGGUCUGGCAACCCCGACCACAACCUCACUGCAUUUUGGUCUCCAAACUUCUAACGAUGAACUAACGAAAAUAUCACUCAAAAUUCAACGCAACUGGCUCCAGGAACAGAUUGUUAAAUACCCCGACUUGUGACCAAGAGGAUCGGAUUUUGUUCGUUGAGCAAUCCCCAGCAGAAAUGGGCAAUACAGCGAUCACCCGGGUGCAAAUGGAGGCCGCCAAGAGUGUGCCGGCGGACCACGCCAAGUACAUGGGCGGUGGAGGCGCUACCGGUGGCUCCCCGCCACCAGAAUGUCCGAUGCACCAGAAACAUGGAGAUGCGAAGUCCGCCUCCGCAGUGCCCCCACAUCCCAAGAUGCAGGCAGCAUCCGAGUGCCCGGUGCAGCACGACAACAGCGACGUGAAUCCGCUGAACAUGAUGCCGCCGGCCAACCAACAGCCGGCGGCGGACCAGCCCUUCCCGCUGCCAACCGACCGCCAGACCUCCACCAUUCCCAAGGUCACCGAGGAUGGCUCCGUCCAGUUCUGGCAGUAUCCCAGCCAACAGAUGUUCUGGAACGCCAUGCUGCGCAAGGGCUGGCGCUGGAAGACCGAGGACGUUUCGCAGAAGGACAUGGGCGACAUCAUACGCAUCCACAACGCCAACAACGAGCAGGCCUGGCAGGAGGUGCUCAAGUGGGAGGCGCUGCACGCCAAGGAGUGCGGCAACCCGCGCCUCAAGAGCUUCGGCGGCAAGGCCAAGGACUACAGUCCACGCGCCCGUUUCCGCAGCUGGCUGGGAUACGAGCUGCCCUUCGACAGACACGACUGGAUCGUCGAUCGCUGCGGCAAGGAUGUGCGCUACGUCAUCGAUUACUACGACGGCGGUCUGGUGGACAAGGAUUACCGCUUCGCCCUGCUGGAUGUGCGCCCCGCCAUGGACUCGGUGGACAACGUCUGGGACCGCAUGCGAGUGGCCUACAUACGCUGGAAGUACGAGCUGUCCGAGAAGUUUGGCGGUCGAGACGGCGGCAAAGUAAGCGCUGGUAGCGACUAGGUGGAAUACAUCCAUAGUUGAUCGGUAUCUGUACAAAAUCGGCUUAAGUUCUCGAAUGCGACUGGAGUUGUAGUUAAUUACAUGCGUUUAAACGGUUGGGGGCGAGUUGCGGAUGCCAGCAGGCGUAUGAACUCCCUCUCUGUCCCUAAAUAAACUGACUUACCAAAGUGGGUUCUUACAAAGUUUAA